AUGUUCGUGUCUGAAUCGGCCGUCCCAUCUCCUCGCAACGAAAACAUGAAUACAAGGCUGUUGAUCGUUCUCGACCUUAAUGGGACGAUUAUAGAUCGUGUAAAGGAAACCUCAAGGAAACUCGCUCGUGCUAAUCCUCACUGUCCCAUCGAGCCAAACUUCACUUCAAACAAGGCCAAAAUCUACUUUAGACCGCAUCUGGAAACAUUCUUGACGCUCUUAUUCGACAAUUUCACAGUUGCUGCAUGGACGUCAGCACAGCCAAACAAUGCGCUACCACUGGCACAUGGUGUGUUUGGCAAAUAUUUUGACAAGCUGGCGUUUGUGUGGAAUAGGAGCCAUUGCUCUGCUGUUAAAGAGAGUAGAAAAGAUCAUUCAUCAAUAAAGGAUUUGAGGAAGGUAUGGGUGGAUCCUUCAAGAGUUGAUUUUUCAACGCUUGGUCGGGAAGAAGAUAUUGAUGUGCAUUGUCAUGGGCCCUGGUCGCCGAGGAAUACGGUGCUAUUAGACGAUACACCGUACAAGGCAUCCUACACCCCAAACAACAUCAUCCCACUCCCGACUUUCACAGUCACCGACGCCGAUAACGAUCAGACCAAAGACACGGUAUUAUUGUCUGUAUGCUCGUACUUGCUAGAUUUACGUGCAGCAUACUAUUCCAGCCCAUCAGCAUACUUCUCGGAUGUCCGAUCCUUUUUGACUCAAAGGCCACUCUUUACAACACAUCAAGCGGUUAACGAAGAGAAAUGGAUUUCAAGUGUUGGAGGUGAUUCAGAUACUCAAUCUGUAGCAUCUAGUAUUCGAGGUAGUAUUAGUGGAGGAGGAGGAAACGGUGGAGCGGAAUCUGUAGCAGAACAAAUGCAGGAUUUGAGACUGACAAAUAGUGGUAGUACGUCACCACAACAACUGACGGAAAUGGCAGGCCUGCCGAAUCGAAGAAUAAGACAACGUGGGAUGGGACGUCCUCGUCCGCUGAAUCUGGGAGGAGACGCGCUGUACUACUAG